CGUAUCGGCCACAAAUUUAAAUUUUUUUUUUCAAAAUUAUAAAGCAGAAAAAUAAAAAAUCUGCCGAUGAUCAUCGGUGGAUGUGAACUUGCGUCGCUUGUCAGAACGCUGCUCAAGAGCGGUCAAGAAACGGCACCAUUCCGAAAAAGAAAAGUUGAACGUAAAGAGGAAGCCCCCCAAAGUAUCUCUCGCCACGUAUGCAUUUUUAUGCCGGCCGUUCCCAAAACAUCCCGACUCUUCUCUCCCAAUCCCCAUGGGAGCCAGGAGCUAAUCCGAUUAUCCGGGGGCUCGAGGCCAUUUCAACGUCCAGCGUGAACGUUCACACUUGUGAUUCCGGAAGAACGACUCCGACGAUUCGUCGAUAAAUAACGACGAGGGACGACGAUGCAGAGGGAGAAGCGAAGUGUCUGAGAGAUAGAGAAUGGGAGUAAAUCGGAUUCUUCCGAAGCGGAUUAUAUUGGUCCGGCACGGCGAGAGCCAGGGGAACCUGGACACCGCCGCCUACACGACCACGCCCGACAACAGGAUACCGCUCACGCCGGCAGGGAUCGGUCAGGCUCGGGGGGCCGGUGAGGAGAUCCGGCGGAUAGUCACCGAAGGACGGGCAGCGGGGGAGGAGGGCGACGACUGGGGGGUUUACUUUUACGUGUCGCCUUACGUCAGGACUCGGUCGACGCUGUCGGAGAUAGGGCGGAGUUUUCGGCAGGAAGAGAUCGAUGGGGCGAGGGAGGAGUGCCGGAUCCGGGAGCAGGAUUUCGGGAACUUCCAGGUGGAGGAGAGGAUGCGAGUCAUCAAGGAGACGAGGGAGCGGUUCGGCCGGUUCUUCUACCGGUUCCCCGAGGGCGAGUCGGCGGCCGACGUCUACGACCGCGUUACCAGUUUCAUGGAGUCACUGUGGAGGGACAUAGAUAUGAACAGGAUCAACCGCGACGGAGUAUCCAAUUUCAACCUAGUCAUCGUCUCCCAUGGUCUCACCACCAGGGUUUUUCUCAUGAAGUGGUUCAAGUGGACCGUGGAGCAGUUUGAGCACCUUAACAAUCCGACCAACUGUGAGGUCCGGGUCAUGCAGUUGGGCACAGGCGGCGAGUACAGCCUACUAGUUCACCACACUGAGGAGGAGCUGGAAAGAUGGGGAUUGUCCCAAGAAAUGAUAGCUGAUCAGAAGUGGCGCGCCACAGCCAGGAGAGGCGAUUGGAACGACGAUUGCAUAUGGCACCUCAGCCAUUUCUUCGAUCACUUCAAGGAGUCGGACAAGGAUAAGAACUUGGAAGAAGACCAGCAAGACAAUCUAUGCCUAACUGAUGGAAGCGAGAUCGUGAAGUGCUAGUAUCUGCAGCUCAUAAUCAAUUUUGCUUGCCAUUAGUUUCAACAAGGAGGAUGAAGAUUUGGGGUUAAAACACAUUAGCGAUAAGCUCCUCGAAGCAAGCUAUGAUCACUUGAGCAGUAGAUGAUCCAAAGAGAUAGACCAGAAAAACAGAAUUGUGGCGUAGAAGCAUACAUAAUGAGGUACAGCUAACAGCAAUGCGUCACAAACUUGUAUUGUAACAGAUCACCAUCACACUGUGUAUAAUGUUGUAAGGAGUCAUAUUAUUGUCUUAGAAAGUUGUUGAGCUGUUGUGUACAUGAGUCAUGGACUAAACAGAAAUUUUCUAGGAAGCUGGUACAAACUUGAUAGA